AUGGACUCUUCGCAGUUCCGAGAAGCGGCAAAAGGAGCCAUUGACGAAAUCGCAAACUACUACGACACGCUAGAAUCUCGGAAUGUCCUGCCAUCUGUGAGCCCGGGUUACCUACGCCCUCUACUCCCCACCAGCACACCCUCCGAAGGCGAAUCAUGGGAAACCAUCAAAGGAGACAUUGAUCGCGUCAUCAUGCCAGGCCUUACCCACUGGCAAUCACCAAAAUUCAUGGCUUUCUUCCCAUGCAACUCAUCUUUCGAAGCCAUGCUCGGCGACAUGUAUAGCGGGGCCUUCAACGCCGCAGCUUUCAAUUGGAUCUGCUCGCCCGCCGUCACCGAGCUUGAAACUAUUGUUAUGGAUUGGGUUGCCAAGCUGAUUGAUCUACCGAAAGAGUUUCUCAGUGACGGUGAAGGCGGCGGCAUCAUUCAGGGUACCGCCAGUGAAGUCGUACUCACUGCACUCGUCGCCGCCCGCGAACGCGUCAUCAGACGUAAACUCGGCGACAUGCCAGAGGGCGAAGACCGAAUGGAUAAAGCGGCUGAUAUCCGGGGUAAGCUAGUAGCCUUAGGUUCCGAGCACGCACAUUCCUCCACACAGAAAGCGGCCAUGAUAGCUGGGGUACGGUACCGCAACGUCGCUGCUCCUGAAUCAACGAAUUACAGCGUCACGGCUUCUUCUCUCCGCCAAACUAUCUUAUCUUGCCGUGAAAAGGGUCUGGAGCCUUUUUACUUUACCGUCACAAUUGGUAGCACGGGUACCUGCGCUAUUGACGACUUGGAAGGCAUCGCGGCUCUCGCAAUGGAGUUCCCUGACAUCUGGAUUCACGUCGACGCUGCGUAUGCUGGUUCUGCGCUCGUGUGUCCAGAGUACCAGCAUCUCUGCAAGCCAAUCUCGAGCUUUGACUCGUUCAAUUUCAAUCUACACAAAUGGUUGCUGGUCAACUUUGAUUGCUCAGCUUUCUUCGUAAAGAAAAGGAGGGACCUCAUGGACACAUACUCCAUCACACCGUCUUACCUGCGUAACCCACAUUCAGACCAAGGCCUCGUAACCGACUACCGCGACUGGCAGAUCCCACUGGGGCGGAGGUUUCGCAGUUUGAAAGUCUGGUUCGUAUUGAGGAGCUACGGUGUCUCCGGACUGCAGGCUUUCAUUCGCAAGCACAUUCAGCUCGGAGAGUACUUUGCAGACUUGUUGGAAUCGAAGAAAGAGAUGUUCAGAAUCACGACUAAACCAGCAUUUGGCCUUGUGAGCUUCCAGAUCCUUCCACAGAUGCCGCGGGACGCAAAAGCGGAUCAGCCAGACCCGAGGCAUGAGGCCUAUACGAACGACUUCCAACCCGAUGCUGAAGCCCAGUAUCGGGAGGCGGUGAAUGCGAGGACGAAGAGCGUGUAUGAGGAGGUUAACAGGAGGGGCGAGUUUUUCUUGACGAGUACGGUGUUAGAUGGCAAGUAUGUCAUUCGCGUUGUCAGUGCCACAUCGAAGAGCGAGGAGAAGUGGAUGAGGGCGUUGUUUGAUGUUUUGGUGGAGAUUGCGGAGGGGAAGGAGAAGGUAUGAGGAGGGACGGUAGGGUGUGAGACUUGAUUCUUGAGUUUGGUGAGCCAUAUGGUAUGGUUGUUCGGGAAAUGCUAGUUACGAGGAAGAAACCCGGCAUGAGGUCUGAUCAGGUUGCGGGCAUCAAGAAAUCUCACCAAUGCCGGGUAUUGGUAAACAAAAAACAAGUAGAUAAAAUCUAGAGCACACGCUAACAAACAUUCUCUUCUCCAGC